CGUCGACUCGCAGCAGGCCGAAGCGGCUGCCAUGAUGGUUUUUUAAAGCAUAAUGCGGCACCACUAAUGCAAUGGCAAUGCAUAGGCAAACCCCACUGCGAGACUCCAUCCUCGCAACUGCUAAGCAGUUGGGCUCGGGUACCGUCCGCGGUAUACCAGCGAGCCAGCCGGUACCGCUCCUCCUGGAUCGGAGGAAGCUAACUAGCUAAGCACCUCGGCUAGCAGAAGGACGACCGAGACUAAAUUCUGGUUCCAUCAAUUUCAUCUUGAACGUCAAACUCCGAUAUAUAAAAAAUGAAGCCUCAAGACCUCAUCUCCGGGAAGAGCAGCCUGUGGAUCUUCGGGUACGGGUCUCUGGUGUGGAAGCCGGACUUCAAGUACAAGAGGAGCCAGGUCGGUUUCAUCAAAGGCUAUAAGAGACGUUUCUGGCACGGAGACAACUUCCACCGCGGAAGUGAUGAGUUGCCCGGAAGAGUGGUGACGCUGAUUGAAGACGAUGACGCUAGCACUUGGGGCGUGGCGUUCGAGGUGUCGGGCUCCCAGGUGGAGGAGUCCCUCAGAUACCUCAACGUGCGCGAGACGGUUCGCGGCGGCUACGUCACCAAGACGGUGGAUUUCUUUCCGGACGGGGAAGGCGGGUCGCCCGUGCCGGCGCUGGUGUACAUCGCCACCUCUGACAACGCCCUGUACCUGGGACCGGCCAGCCCCGAGGAGAUCGGCGCCCAGAUCGCUGUGUGCCGGGGGAAGACCGGCCACAACCUGGAGUACCUGCUCCGGCUGGCGGAGUUCAUGAGGAGCAGCUGCCCAGACGUGGAAGACCACCACCUGUUCUCCAUCGAGGCGGUGGCGCUGAACGUGGUGUCUUAUCUAAUGGCAGCUCAGUAGCUCGUACCCUUUGUUUUCACUUGCUUGUGAACCAGUUGAGGCUUUACCUGCCAUACCAGUCUGUUCUCCAGGUUCACACAGCCAUCGUGUGUUUUUUAGAUCUAAAAUGCCACUAAAGUGGUGAAAGGGAAGCAUUGAAUCUGUUACAUUACCACAUGUGCAAUCAUGUAAACCUUGUAUUUGCUCAGCUCUGCCGUCCUGUUUAAGUGUAAAACUUGUAGACUURUAAUGCACUGGAUGGCUGCUGAGAUAAAAACAAAACACUACCAUCCAGUUAAAAUCAAAAUGCAAAUAAAAAGAUGAAACAAA